AUGGAUGAUUUUUAGUCUCUUGUCACCAUGGUGGGUUUUUGCUUCACCUGUCCGUUUCGUCCGUCCUAUCGGAGAAUCAGGUAAACCUGUUAUCGAAGAUGCUGCUGCUGGUCACUGAAGAGACUGAAGCUGACUCAGCUCCUCCGGUGUUUGUCAUCUACCUGAGUUGACCGGACGACGCGAGGGAGACAGACAGAGAGAAUCGGAUCUUGAGGCAGUUUCGAACGGUUUGUCCUGAAUGAGGCGAUCAGUUUCUUUCAAUCAUUCUGGAGCGGUGUAUUAAACGUGUUGGAUUUAAAGUGGAUAAUAUGGUGGCUUAAAAGCAGGUGAAAUCGAACUGUUUAUCUGAAACGUAGUUAAAAUUAAGUCAAAAUGGCUAGGGAAAUUAGCACCGGAAUAGUGAUUUUCGUGGCGAUUGCUGCAAGUUCUGUCCUUGCUGAUCGACGUGGUGAAAGUCAAAAUUUCUUCGGUGGAUAUGCCGGAUCUUAUAAUUACGACGCAAGCUUUGGCAAUGGAGAUCGCUCUAGGCAAAUGAGUAACGGACCUGGGUUGGGAUUACUUGGUGGUGGGCAACAGUUGAACCUGUUUAAUAAAGUGGCUAGUGAUACGGCCGCGGUAUUUGCAAGUGUCAACAACCAGAUAGGGUCAACAAUAAGUCAGUUGGCACGACCUGUAGGGCCUGGAGUCCAGCCAGGAUUUUCAUUUGGAAUAGGAUUCAAUACAGGAUUUCCAGGUGGCUUUCAACAGUAUCCUAACGGGUACGGACAAGGGGGGCGUCCUCAGCAACCUCCCCCGCACAACCAUGGACCAGGUGGUGAUCAUCAUCAUGGUCAUGGACAUGGCAGCUAUGAGCACGGUCAUGGUCACGGAAGCUUUGAACAUGGUCAUGGGCACGGUAGUUAUGAACACGGUCAUGGACAUGGACACGGUAGUUACGAGCAUGGUCAUGGUAGUCACGAGCAUGGCGGAUUCCAAGAACCUUACCCAGGGAAAUACCCCCCGCAAAGGCCUCAACAACCUGGACAGUAUCCUCCUCAAAAACCUCAACAACCAGGUCAAUAUCCACCGCAAAGACCUGAACAGCCUGCCAAGUAUCCUCCCCAAAGGCCAGGACAACCUGGUCAACCAGGACAACCUGGACAGUCAGGACAAUUCCCACCGCAGAGACCUGACCAAAGACCAGGAAAACCCAAUGAUCCUUUCGGUCCAUCAAAGCCUCAGAGUACUAGCACCACAACUCCAAAGUCAGUAGCAUCUGUGCCACCAACUCCUCCAGUUCCUGCUCCACCACCGCCACCAACUGCUGCUCCACCACCACCUCCACCUCCUCCAGCGCCACCCAUACCAACGACAACCGAAGAAGACGUUGAAAACGUAUCGUACGAUAUCGAUAUCCGAGGAGAGUUCAACGACACCGAAUCCACCAGACGACGAAGGCAGUUGUUCCCGAAUCUUUUCGGACAAAUUGGCAACAUCGUUCAAACGAGUGUAAAUUUGGCCAACCCUGCUCUCUACCUGCAACCCAACAACCAGGGAUCUCCUCUAUUAGGAGGCUUUGGACAGAGACCAUUUGCCAACGCCCCAACAAACCCUUCACAACAAAGACCUCAACCAAACCAAAUUCCAUCAACAAUUGCUCCAAUCCCUCAAAAUCUCACUACCAAUAUUCCUCCAACAACAACUCCCGCCUUCAUUGCACCCCCUCCUCCGCCUCCAAUCCCUGCCCCACCAACCCCGGAACAACCGCCGGAAACCUUCCCAGAGCUCAACCUCCAGGAGCUUGGCAACACAGACUUCACCUGGACAAAGGAUAACAUCGGAGCCGAACAAAACCAUCAGCGAUUUCGACGAGACACCGAUGCCAUCUUCUUCCCCGACAACGACGAUGAUGAAAAGUUCCAUCCAGUUUUGAUGCACAACAAAAACCCCCAUUUCAACAACCGCGUCCCGACCGGAUUCAACAGUGGUUCCCAAGCCGGUUCUCAAGCUACCUCCAACAACGUAGCAAACGGCUUCCAGCAAAGCAGUGGCUCCCAAUCCAACUCCCAAUCAAUCCAAAACAGUCUCGGAAGCUUCAACCAAAACAACGCCGGUAGCACCUCCGGAAACAUUGCCGUCGACGGAUCUUCCGGUCAACUUUCCGCCGCCAACACGCAACAGCAGAGCUUCCAAACCGCCGAUUCCUCUGGCAGCAAAAACUCGGCCCAAAGUCAAUCGGCCAAUUUCGACAAAAACGGUAACCUGGCUCUUACAAACUCCAACGCCAACACCAACUCUAUCCGCGAAAAGGAUCGUUUUAAGGAGCAAUCCAACGCUGGAUCUUCCUCAUCCCUCCAAAACCAAUUCGGAAGCUCAUCCAACAACGCCCAAUCCAAUUCGGAAACUUUCUUCGAGAACGGCAUUCACGGCAAUAAGAACACUGCCUCUAGCCAAUCCCUGCAGAUCAACAAAGACGGAUCCGCCUCAGGAUCAAACUCCAACACCAUGAGUGGCACCUUCACCGGUCCAAACGGGCUUCAAGGAUCGUCCGCCUCAAGCCAAUCGUCCAGUUUCAACCAAGGUGGAGGUGUUGGAGGCAAUCGAGGGGCCUCUUCAUCGGCUUCCAGUUCCGCAGGGUCGUCGACCGGUGCAGGAAAUGGAUCCGGAGCGUUCAGUAUUAGUGGGUCAUUUAGUGGGGCACUGCCACCGGGUUUUGGGGUUUUUCCCAACAUAUUUCAGAACCUGAAUCAGGGAUGAAGUGAAUGGAUGAGUAGCUUUAGCGAAUAGCAUUGUGUGGAAGGAAUAACAAGGAAGGAGAGUGAUAUUUAAA